GACUCAAUCCAUGGAAUGCCAUCCAGUUCUCCUUGUUCUCUCCAACUCUUCUGUCUAGAAGAAGGGAUAUUCCAAUUCUAUUAACAAGAUGUCUUCUCCUAUCUGCAAGCUCACCGUGAUUUCUGCAAUACUUACAGGACUCUCGGUCUUAUUGUCUUUGGAUUCUGUGUUCCAUGAUUCCAAGAAUCCAGACAUUGAGAUGCUGCCACUGGAUGCUGCAACUGGUCCUGAAAGCAUAGCCUUUGAUGCUAAGGGUGAGGGUCCAUACACUGGGAUAUCGGAUGGUCGGAUAUUGAAAUGGCAAGGGAAGGAACACGGAUGGCUUGAAUACGCUGCUGUCCAUGCCCCGCAUCUGUUGAGCAAGUGUAGAGGCUCACAAGAUCCAAAUCUGGAACAUGUCUGUGGGCGACCGCUGGGUCUGCGAUUUAGCGACAAGACCGGGGAACUUUUUGUUGCAGAUGCUUAUCUAGGGUUGUUAGUGGUCGGUCCUGAUGACAAAUUUGCAACACCAAUUGCUAAACAAGCACAAGGUGUUGAGUUCCAUGUAACCAAUGGUUUGGACAUAGAUCCUGACAGUGGAGCUGUCUAUUUUACUGAUAGUAGCAUGCGCUUUCAAAGAAGGCAAUACAUCUCAGCAGUAAUAGCUGGUGAUAAAACGGGAAGGUUGAUGAAGUACGACCCUCAAAGCAAAGAGGUCCAAGUCCUACUCGACUCCUUGUCCUUCCCCAAUGGGGUGGCACUAAGCCAAGAUGGCUCCCACCUUCUCAUUGUGGAGACCAUCACCUGCAGAAUCUUAAGAUACUGGCUUCGAACACCCAAGGCCAACACUGUUGAAGUCAUCGCCCAACUCCCAGGAUUCCCAGAUAACAUCAAGCGGAGCCCAAGAGGAGGCUUCUGGGUGGCUCUCCAUUCCAAGAGAACAAAGUUUGUAGAGAGGGUUCUCUCCGAUCCUUGGCUGUGUGACGUUCUCCUUAACUCCUCAAUUGACCUCCAGAGGGUGUCUUCGUUCGUAAAUCGGAGGAGUGGAAAGGCAUCUGCACUGAGGUUGAGCGAAGAUGGCCAGGUUUUGGAGGUUUUGGAAGGAUUUGGUGGAGGGACAAUGAGAGCCAUUAGUGAGGUGGAAGAGAGGUACGGGAGGUUGUGGAUUGGGUCUAUAGCGAUGCCAUUUGUGGGCAUUUAUAAUGUUACUGGACCAGCAUAGAGGAUCACCACUUUGCUUGGUCUACUAUCUCUUUAAACAUUGCAUGUUGGAUGCUUUUGGUUAUAAGGUUCUAAUAAUUGUCUAUGUAAUGAUCAACUAGAAAUAUGUUAAUUUUAAAUUUCUAGUUGUCUAUAUGAUGAUCAUAUAGAAAUAUGUUCUUUUCUCGAU